CUCUGCUUGUUGAUGUUUUUGCUCUGUUGUUAGGGUUCAUUCCCAAUUUUUGGGUUUUUAUCUUUAAAUUCAUGCUGUACAGGUAAGUUCUAUCCAAGAUGAUCUAUGGUUCUACAAAUUUUACUCUUCGACUCAUGAUGAUUGUGUCGACCGAUUUGUUUUGCAGAUUUUUUUGUUUUGAUGUGUUUCAGAGAGAUGCUAAGUUUUAGGUGUGCGUGAACUCAUGCUUAGAGUCUCAUCAUGCUCUCAGUUUACCUUUUUUCACUUGGAUGUAAAAUUUUGAUGGCAUGUUGGCAUUGGUUUCCUUUUUGGUUUUUUCAUUGUGGAUUUUCUCUUUGUCCUAUGGGGUUCAAGUUGGCAAUAUUGCCUUCUUGGUUUUAUUACGAAUUUCCUAAAUUGAUCUGGUCUUCGUCUAACUUACCUUUUCUGUGAGGAAUCUUUCUUGAACUUACUGGCUUUGGGUAAAGUGUUUCUCAAAAUUAUGAUGUUCAUAUUUUUAGACAAUAGUUUUAGACUUUUAUAUUCUAUUACUAGGACUCAGUUAGUCAAUUUUACUUACUGGAAUUUAUAUUUUACAAUCUUUUACUGAAAUUAGUAACUAAGGAAUCUUUCUGAAUUUUUUGGUUAUCCAUUGUAGGCUGACACAGAACCAAGUAAUGUAGGUCGUCUCGCUUAUGAGAACUCUCAUAGGUUAAUUUUGUGCUUUUCUUUAGUGGGGGAUCUAGUUUUAGAAAGCAAAACCACUGAUUGUUUACAGUGUAAAAAGAUCAAGGGGUUUGCUGUGGUUCUUUUUCAAUGAUAGACAAAAUGUACUUUGUUUUGGCAGACAUACAUAUGUUUGUUUUAACCUUCUGCAGAUUCCAUUGAUGAAAAGUAGCCUCUGAUACUUGGUAACACUUGGACCAGUUAAGGCCCAGUGCCGAGGAAGUGUUCUUGAGCAUAGAGAGGAGAGCAGCCUGAUACGAGUGGCGGAUAGCAUCUGCCUAAAGUAUCCUUUUUUUUCCGCUACUGUGCUUUUGACAAUAGAUGAUCAGGAGGAAGUAAUAAAUACGAAGGAAGAUGAACAGUUUAUGUAUAUCAAGUUGAACUUUAGUAGAUACUGUAGCUCAAAUGCCAGGACCGAGAAUGAAGAGAAAAUCAGACAAGGGAUGUGUAAGAUUGCACAAUGUCCAUGCUCGUCACAGGUCAUCUAAGAAAUCAGAAAACUCACCAUCGGAAAUCAACACAGAGGUGGACGCUUCUAUUCAAAUUCAUCAUGAUGGAAACCUUUCAAACACAAUUAGUUCUCGUAUGGAACAAUCAGGGUGCGACUCUACGAUAACAGGUUUUGAUGGAGCCUCUGCUGAAUUGCUAAACUUGUCUUCAUCUCCACCGGAUCCUUUAUCUACUGAAAGAAUGCUGCAGAGUUCAAGCUCAACCGCAAUAGCACCAGAGUUAGAAACAAUUUUCUCACCUAAUUUCGAGGAUGGUGAUUCCCAGUUGAAUUCAACUAAUCAUGGUUAUGAAGUUCAGAAUGAAAAUCCUGGAUUGCCUAAUCUCGUUGCGGAUGAAGGAGAUGAUGGAAACUCUGGGUUCAGUGAUUAUCAAGCUUGCAGUUUAUUGGACUUCUGCUUCUCAGAGAGUGCUCCAUCUUUACCUUUUGACGAUAGCAUGGAUUUUACCGAUGUUUCUUGCCAUCAUUACGAGUUUACUACUUCUGACAUACUGACUGACGUGGCGGAGAGGUAUAUGAUGCUGCCAUUCCUUGGGAGGAACACAGAAACUAGCGGUGCUCAUGAUAAUGAAUCAAUUCAAGAAAUCAUGAUGAACUCCAAUGAUGCAUACUUGGCAACUCAUCAAGAAUCUGACAUGAAUUAUCUAUCUGGUGAUUUGGGAGAAAUAGAAUGCCUGAAUCCACAGCUAGUUUUUCGAACUUCACCUGAUUUAUCUCGGGAAGUUUCAUCGAGUUGUCCUACUCUAUUGCAAAAGGAAACACAAGGGAAGCCCAUAACUCUUGUCCUUGAUUUAGAUGAAACUCUUGUUCAUUCUACACUUGAGUACUGUGAUGAUGCUGAUUUCACCUUUCCGGUUUUCUUUAACAUGAAAGAGCAUACCGUAUAUGUAAGACGGAGGCCUUUUCUACAAAUGUUCCUCGAGAGAGUGGCUCAGAUGUUUGAAAUUGUUAUUUUCACAGCUAGUCUAAGCAUAUAUGCUUCUCAGCUACUUGACAUUUUGGAUCCAGACAACAAAAUAAUUUCUGGGCGCAUUUAUCGUGAAUCAUGCAUAUUCUCUGAUGAUACCUAUACAAAGGACCUAAGUAUUUUGGGGGUUGACCUGGCAAAAGUUGUCAUAAUCGACAAUUCCCCACAGGUUUUCCGGUUGCAAGUUAAUAAUGGCAUUCCAAUCAAGAGUUGGUUUGAUGAUCCAUCGGACCAUGCUUUAGUUCAAUUACUCCCUUUCCUCGAGACCCUGGUCGAUGCUGAGGAUGUUCGUCCGAUUAUUGCAAACAGGUUCAGCAACAAAGAGCAACAACAGUUUGUUUGAGAUAUCAUUGUCUUGGCAAUAUUUAUUGUUCUUCCUGAGGUAACCAUUCUCAUCGACCGCAAUUUAUCCACGGUUUCUUAGAUUUGCUUCCAUUAUCAUGCCAACUUAGCUGUAUGACAAGUGAAGAUUCCUGAUGAUUGUACCAAAUUUUCUCCAAGUGUAUGUAUAUUCUUCCCAUCCUAUUUUCUCACACAGGUGUUUACAUUAGAAUUUUGUCAUGAAAAUAAAAUAUUUUGUUCUACUGUUUUCUUA